UCUGCUUUUAUCUAAGGGCAAGUGAGCAGCAGAGAUGAAACUGCCACUGACUCCCUCCAUCCUCUCUAUCCUAAAAUGCCCUGAACAGGUGAGAACCAAGUUGACAGCUUCUCCUCAGGAAUAAACUGAAGUGAAAAACAAGUGACUGGAACAGAAAUUAAGGAACAAUUUGAAGAAACAGAUUAAUUUCCUAACAAGAUCAAGUUUGAUUUAAAUGGCUGAUAAACAGAUCAGUUUACCUGCCAAGCUGAUCAAUGGAGGGAUUGCUGGACUGAUUGGAGUCACCUGUGUAUUUCCCAUUGACCUGGCAAAAACUCGCCUGCAGAACCAGCAGAAUGGCCAGCGGAUGUACACCAGCAUGUCUGACUGCCUCAUUAAAACAAUUCGGUUGGAAGGCUACUUUGGCAUGUACAGAGGGGCUGCAGUCAACCUGACUCUAGUGACACCAGAAAAGGCUAUCAAACUGGCAGCCAAUGACUUCUUCCGGCAUCACCUCUCCAAAGAUGGGAAGAAGCUGACACUGCUGAAGGAGAUGCUGGCAGGCUGUGGCGCAGGUACCUGCCAGGUGAUUGUCACCACUCCCAUGGAGAUGCUCAAAAUCCAGCUGCAGGAUGCAGGACGAAUUGCAGCACAAAAGAAGUUGAUGGCAGCACAGGCCCAGCUCUCCUCUUCCUCUGCGAUGGGGGCAGCGGAGCCAGCAGUGGAAACACGCACCACAGCAACACAGAUAACCAGGGAGCUGCUGAGGAGCAAAGGCAUCGCAGGACUCUACAAGGGCCUGGGAGCCACGCUGCUGAGGGAUGUCCCCUUCUCCAUUGUUUACUUCCCACUGUUUGCAAACCUGAACAAGCUGGGCCAGAAAGAUGCCAAUGUCAAGGCUCCAUUCUAUGUGUCCUUCCUCUCCGGAUGUGUGGCUGGCAGUACGGCUGCAGUGGUUGUCAAUCCUUGCGAUGUGAUCAAAACACGUCUGCAGUCCUUGCAGAGAGGAGUGAAUGAGGACACCUACUCAGGAAUCCUAGACUGCACCAAGAAGAUCUGGCAGAAGGAAGGGCCCAUGGCUUUCCUGAAAGGGGCGUACUGCCGAGCCCUGGUCAUUGCUCCUCUCUUUGGCAUCGCACAAGUUGUCUACUUCAUUGGUAUUGCAGAGUUCCUGCUAGACAUGCUUCCCAAGCACCGGGCCUAAGUCCAGCACACCUGUGUUUGCCCCUUGCACCUUCUUCAGCACUGAAUUCAUCCCCAUAUUCAUCAUCCAUGUCGACUGAGGUCAGAGGAACAGCACAAAGGGUUCGCGCAGGGAUGCUGAGGGGACUUCGUCUCCAGACAAGCAAAUGUAGGGAGGGAGAGAGUCCCUUUUCUGUCUUGGUCUGGAACCUGCUCCCUCCUGCUCCUUCCACGGACAACACCUAAUUAUGCAUAAUUUUUUUCUCUUUCCUUUUGUUUUUAAAUUGUAAUUCUUAAUGACACUAGUAAGCACAGACUGGACUUGCAGACCCAGAAAUCUCAUCCAUCCCAGCCUUGGGGAUGAAGGGGGCUGGGAAAGAAAUAAUUUGAACCCUCAUCCACCCUUGUCCUCUUCUUUCUUCCUGGAGUUCCCAGCUAUCUGAGGAGGAGCUGGAGGGGCAUCUGUGUCCCCUCAGCUCCUCCUUGGCUCUGCUGGCCCUGGGUUGAGAGUGGGCAGUACACAAAGGGGCCUCAUUUCAUUGCUGCUGGAGGCAUGGUGCAGGGGGUGCUGGAUCUGGCAAGUUCCUUGGUCUGGAAACCUUCACUCCUCCCUUCUCCUUUUCUUAAAACAAGUUGGACUUGGAUUAUCUUCUUGCAGAUCAGAGGAAGGGCAAGGGAAUCAUUACUAUUGAUUUUGAAAUAAUUUUUGUUUUAAAGCAAAGGGAUGUCCCUCCUAACUAUGUGUCACAGGCACAUGUGGAUGAGGUGCAGAGAUGAGAUGUCUGCUCUCUAGGGAUCAUGUCUGUGGAAUCACACAAAUGUCUGAAGGUGCUUCAGUGCUUGGCUACAGGCUGGGGAGAGAAAGGAACUUGGGAUCAAGUUGUUUGUUUUGGGUUUUGGGUUUUUUGUUUUUUGGUUUGUUUUUCUUUUAAUGCAGGGGUUGUGGGGAGAGAAAACCAAACAAGAAACCACUUACAUUCCUUCAGCUUCUCCACCCCUAGGAUGAUAAAGUAGUGGCCACAGGUGUAGACUAGCUUAUUUUUAAUUUUUUAAUAUUUUUUUUUUACCAACCUCUUGGAAGCUGCACAAGAAAUGUGACACCUGUGUGUGCUCACCUUGCAAGGUGAAAACACAAGGUCUGGUUGUGCUUUGAUGUUUGACUUGGGCUUGUUUGGAGCCAGGUGGUGUUGAAGAGGCUGAGGUUUCUCACACCCUGAGCAAGGAGCUAUUUGUGUGUACAUGAUUACUGGGUCAAGUCGUCUGGAUCAUGAAAACUUGUCAUCCUGCUUGCUUUGAGGUGGUGAUCAUUGUUGGGUGGCAGGGGGCAAAUACACACCUACAUCUGCUCUGUCGAAAGGACACUGCCCCAGCUAACAUUGCUUGUCAGAAGACUUCUUGAUUGAGUGCUCUCUUGGGCUGUGUAAUGAAUUCUAGUUUAACUGUUCUGAAGUGUGGUGAUCUCCAUUAUUUAUUCUAUUUGGUGCAAUCCACCUGACUUUGGUGUUUAAAUUAAAUUGGUCAAAUUCACUUUUCAUUCCUUCUUUUGGCUUUGUUCUCCAGGCACUUGCUUGUUGUUUGUGUUUGAAAUGUAUAUUUAAAUUAAUUUUUUAAAAAAUCUCUGUUUUUAAUGUUUAAAAGAGAACCACCUCUGUAUCAGUCUUCUUUUUCAAAACCUAUAUGUUGAGGGCCUUCUUCCUUGGUGCAUUCUUUUCCUCUUAGAAAAAGUUGUUCUGUGUCUGAUUUGUUACUUUGUCACUUUGCAUACGUAAGUCAUUUUCUUUCUUUUUCUUUUUUCUUAGUGAUUUCUCUGUGUAUCUGGGAAAGAAUCUGUGCAAAGAUGAUGAUAGAUGUCUGUGCUGUGUAUAGCGCCGUGAUGCUGCUCUUGCUCUGAAUUUCCCUUGAGUGGAUUAAAAGAGAGAGAUUUUUAUAUAUAUAUUUUAAAGACGCA